ACCGUGGAUGUGACUGAACAAGGCUCGGCGAAGGUCGCUCAAACUUGUUGAAGGUGCGGGGUGCGCUGAGGAUCCUCUUCAUCCUUGGUGUGUCAGGAGGACCUUGUCAGAACCUGUCGAUUCUUGGGGGAUCCUGUGUGGUGCUCACAGAAGUUGGAGUCGUCCACGCCUGUGCUUCGACUUUACCCAACCGGAAGUUGGUUCCAAUCAUCACUCCUGGGAAGCCAACCAUUGUCGAAAGUCCAAUUUCAAGGCCUGAAUAGAUUCAAGUCUCAAGUUUAGCCUCAAAAGAAAAUGAAGGCUAGAGGUGAUCCUUUGCAAACGACAGAGAGUUUCCAUGUUCAUAUUGAUGAAGGCGUCCCUCAAGAGAGAGAGUAACGGUCCCUCAAGCCGUAUUCACACCUAGAUUCAAGAGAGAAGAAGACUUCAAUCAACAUAAAAGACGACAACAAAAGCAUCUCAGCGUCAAAUGGAAAUGGACGCCACCAAUGAGAGUGGGAUAACUUUGCGGUCCAAUUUUGGAAAUGGCUCGUCGGAAAUGGAGGACAACUUGUCGCUUUACAUCCAACAACGCUUGGGUCCGCGGCAUCUGCCUCUCACCACGAUUAUUCCCAUCACUAUUGUGUAUUUGUGUAUCUUUGUGUUCGGUCUAUUCGGGAAUCUCUCUACGUGUUUGGUGAUCGUGAAAAAUAAGUACAUGCACACACCAACCAAUGUCUACUUGGCCAAUCUGGCUGUGUCAGAUCUGCUCACUCAUACCGUCGCGAUGCCCUUCGAGGUCUACUUGUUGUGGAACCAGUAUCCUUGGAACUUUGGCCAUUUCGCGUGCGAUACCAAAAUGCUCACCACCGAGGCUGUGACCUAUUCAUCCAUAUUUACGAUCGUGGCAUUCACGGUGGAAAGAUACUUGGCCAUUUGUCAUCCCUUGAACAUUCCCCGUAAAUCCAAGAUGACUCGAGCCAUACGAGCCGUGUUUGUUAUUUGGACCGCCAGUGUAUUAUUCUCCAUUCCUUGGCUUUUUUAUAACAAGGUAAACUACUUGAUGGAUGAGAAGUCUGGUCAAGUCAUUGAGGAGUCGGCGUGGUGUGCCAUUCCAUGGAACGAAGGCACUCAAAUUCCCUUAUACCUCAUGAUCGUGUCAACUGUGAUAGCCUUCAUCAUUCCUCUCACUCUAGUCAUGGUACUCUACUUCAGAAUUGGUAUGGCCAUGAAAAGGAGCUCAGCAAUGCAACGAGGGUCUACAUCGUGCGCAAAAGGGCUUCAUUGUACCUCGGACACUUCCUACAACAAAGGCCGCCAAUCAGUGAUUCGCAUGCUGGUUGUCGUGGUUCUGGUGUUCUUCCUCUGCUGGAGCCCCUUCCAUGCCCAGAGACUCAUGUUCGUCACGGUGACACUGCAGGGUACUUGGACUCAAACCAACGGCAUGGCACACCACGUGCUCUACUUAGCGUCAGGAGUAGGCUAUUACUUGAGUAGUUGCGUCAAUCCUUUGUUGUAUAGUGUGAUGUCCAAGCGGUUCCGUCGAGCCUUCAAGGACAUGAUGCGAUGUGUGACAGGUGGAGGCAGUGGACCCAUCUCAGCCAAUUCCAUGCAACCCCCGCAACAGCCCUUGAAUGGUGGUGGAGGAGGAACACUCCAAUCUUUUCCCAACACAUUGCAAGUGUCACCGUGCGCCAAAUUGACCCUGAGAUCCAAGAUGGGUCGACACCAACGACCGAUCUGCCAGUUUCCACUCAAAGAGAUUGUUCUUCAGACGCAUCUGACGAAAUUGAGCGAGCGCACCUAUCUGCCCGUGACCACUUCCAGUGACAAUGGGUCCACGCGUCAUCAACGCCUGGGUCCAUUUCUGACACGAUCAUCUGAAGCCCAGUUGGUGGUUCAUUGGAAACGAUCUGGAGAUAGGAACUCAUCCGAAAUUCGAUCCGAUACGAGCAUGGAACACACCACCUCCAGUUUACGAGAUCAAGACAAUAUUCAAGUUCUACCCUCAUGCUAAUACAACUUAUUUGGUGUCCCAAAACGACCACCGACGUCUCAAAAUAUCAUUUACGCUUACGAAAAGACUCUCGUUGUGACAAAAUGUCUGUUUAAACUGUUGUCUUCACCCCAUUUUUCAUGGUCGAUGUAUGUCGUCAAGUCUCAAGGCUGUUUUUCUCUUGCCAAAAAUCUUUUGCAUAAAUAAAAAAUAUGUAUCGAA